GAAAAGCUAGGGAAAUCCUAUAGACAUACAUCUUGGAAUCAGUGUAAAGAAGUAUUCCCUUGUACUGCAGAAGGUAAUGUGAAUGUGAAAGAAGCAGAAACACACCACAAUGUUCAGAUCCAUGAAAGAUAUUGCAGUGGAGAGAAAUCGUAUGUAUGUCAGCAAUGUGGAAAAGGUUUCACCAAAUCUGGACAUUGUAAGCAACAUGAAAGAUUUCAUACUGGAGAGAAACCCUAUGCAUGUAAGCAAUGUGGGAAAGGUUUUACCAUCUCUCGACAUUGUAAGCAACAUGAAAGAAUUCACACUGGCGAGAAACCAUAUGUAUGUAAGCAAUGUGGGAAAGCUUUUAACACAUUGGGAGGUUUUAAGAGACAUGAAAGAAUUCACACUGGAGAGAAACCAUAUGUAUGUAAGCAAUGUGGGAAAGCUUUUACCCAACAUGUACAUUGUAAGCAACAUGAACGAAUUCACACUGGCAAGAAACCAUAUGUAUGUAAGCAAUGUGGGAAAGCUUUUACCCAACAUGGACAUUGUAAGCAACAUGAAAGAAUUCACACUGGCAAGAAACCAUAUAUAUGUAAGCAAUGUGGGAAAGCUUUUAACAAAUUGGGAGGUUUUAAGAAACAUGAAAGAAUUCACACUGGAGAGAAACCCUAUGUAUGUAAGCAAUGUGGGAAAGGUUUUACCCAACAUGGACAUUGUAAGGAACAUGAAAGAAUUCACACUGGAGAGAAACCCUAUGUAUGUAAGCAAUGUGGGAAAGGUUUUACCCGACACGGACAUUGUAAGCAACAUGAAAGAAUUCACACUGGAGAGAAACCAUAUGUAUGUAAGCAAUGUGGGAAAGCUUUUAACACAUUGGGAGGUUUUAAGAGACAUGAAAGAAUUCACACUGGAGAGAAACCCUGUGUAUGUAAGCAAUGUGGGAAAGCUUUUACCCAACAUGGAAGUUGUAAGCGACAUGAAAGAAUUCACACUGGAGAGAAACCCUAUAUAUGUAAACAAUGUGGGAAAGGUUUUACCGGAAAUGGACAUCGUAAGCAACAAGAAAGUUCACACUCAAAAUAAAACCAGUGUAUGUAAGAAUCAUGAGAAUUUUUUGAGCACAAGUACAUAUUGCAUAAUUGGUGAAAAUCUUCACACUGGGCAGAAAACAUAUAUGUAAGGAAUGUGGGAAAGGUUUCAGCAGAAAUGCUCAUUGUCCAGUACAUGAAUAAAUUUACACUGUUGAGAAACCCUGUUUAUGUGAAGAAUGUGGGAAACCUUUCACCACACAUGGAUUUUGUGAAAUACAUCAAUGACUCCACACUGGUGAGAAACAAUAUGCAUAUAACAAUGUGGCAAAGCUUUUAACACAUACAGUCAUUGCAAAACACAUGAAACAAUUCACACUGGGAAGAACCACUGGCUACAUAAGGAAGUGGAGACACUUUCAGCAGCCAGAUUGUAAGUGAAAUACGUGAAGAAGCUCACACAAGAGAUAAAUCCUAUGUGUUAUGGGAAUACUCUCAGCACACAUGAUCAUUGUUACGUAUCUGAAAGAGCUCACUGGAUCCUAUGUGUAUUAACAGUGUGAGAAAUAUGGCAAUCCAUGUUUGUUGUUAAAUACAUAGAAAAAGCAGCACUCUUCAGACAGUUUAGAUCUAAGUUUACUUUAAAAAUUCCAAGUAGACCUGAAGAAAUAAUCAAUACAGAAGUUUGAUAUCAAUAUUUCUUCACAAUUUUCCAGAAACAACAAUUCUGAUGUGGAGCUCUACUCAAGUAUAUAUUUUGUAUGGUUUUCAGUUAAU